AUGUCGGUGCACCUGGCAGCCGGCGGUGACGGGGGUUUCUCACACAGUCCGCUGGCUGAGGCAGAGCGUGCACAUUUGCUGUUGCCUAAGUCGCGCAUUGAAAACUUCGUCACUCGGGCACGAGCGUGGUACACGGCGCAGAUCAGCAAGCCGACCCGGACCUCGCUCUUCCUCUUCUACCCUGCCGCCUCUGAGGCCUCCACGGCCCUCAAACAGCAAAUGAAGGAGAAGGAUCUCGAUGACGACUGGGGAAGUAUGGAUGAGAGCAGCAAGGGGCCAGGAAACCUGUCCGCCUAUCUGCAGAAACCGCGCGUGAUGCAGCUACUGCGCGACUUUCAAGACGGAACAGGCAAGUACGCGAUCCCUGGUGCUUCGAAUUGCAUGACGUGGCUUAUCCACGGCCCUCCCGGCACUGGUAAAACCUCGUUGGUGAAGGCUAUGGCUCGCUACCUCAAUCGACACGUUGUGGUCCUGCAGCUUGGUGCUAUCCGCACCGCCACAGUCUUUGACGCUUGGCUGCACGAAACCAUGGUGAACUGUAGAGACGAAAGCGACGUCUAUUGGGACUGUUACUCUGACAGUAGCUACGAGGAGCUCUGCACAACCGCCAAGGCCGUCAAGCUCUGCCCCUCCGAGGUCAUCUACCUCCUCGAAGACGUUGAUGCGGUUAGCCAGGUGGAGGGCCUUGUGACGAACAACGAAACCGACCUGACGGAAAGGGAAAAGGAGGAGGCCAGGGACUCACCGGCGACCAACGGCAGCGGCAGCGCUUUACCGACCGAGCGCUCGGCGAAUGAUUCUCGGAGUGGUGAUGAGACCAUCGAGGAAAACGGCGACGACGACGAUGACGAAGAGGACGACGGAGAGGACACGGAGUCAGCCAAGCUUCGCAAGGCUGCUAAAAAGCAGAAGCGCGUAGAGGCCCUCGUAGAGGCUCUUCUCAAGGAAUUUAAAAAGGAUGAGCUUACCGUCGAUGCCAUCAUAAAAACUCUCAAUGGUGUCGCGGUGCCCAGUGGUCGCGUUGUCGUCAUGACGACCAACCAUCCGGAGCGCCUAGACCCGCGUCUGACCCACCCCAGCGUCCUUACCCUGACGAUUAACAUGGACGACUUUGACGCUGACCAGGCAACACGCAUGGUGCGGCACUACUUUCCCGAGUACACUGCGCGAACACGGUUGCCUCCGGACGCCACAGCGGCUGAUUUGCUGGCGGAGGAGCAGCGCCUGACGACCGCGUUACGCGCACGUCUGGAAAGGCUGCUGUCAGGUGCGGGGAAUCAGACCAGCCGAGUCCCCACUUCUAGGCAAGGGGACCUCGCGAGGCCGCUGUGCGGGCGCAUCAACCCAGCGAGACUGGAACAGGCGUGCGCAGAGUGCAACUCCGUCGAGGAGCUCGUCGAAAUGCUUGAAACGGGCCAAUACGAUCUGCUGGAAUGCGUUUACUGA